CCAAAAGCCACUAGUACAUAACUACAUAUACGUGUAAAGACAUAGAUGAGACGAAGCAGCACCACCAUAGCUCUAUGCAAUGAAAUGCUUCAAGUUUUGUGUACCUGUUCACCCCACAAGCCUCACAUCAAACAGUGUGGGCAAGUUGGAUUUGAAGCUAGAAACGUUGAGUCUUUGUGGGGAAUUUUCAAGUGGGUUAGUGAAAAAGUUGAGGGUUUUAAGCAUAAACCUCAGUCAUGUGAGGUCAUGGCCUCAAUGCUUGUCCGAGUGGGAUUGCUUAGAGAAGUUGAGUUCUUGCUUUCCACAAUGGAAAGUAAAGGAGUUUCGUUGGAUAGUCAAGAAAUUUACAGUGAUUUGAUUGAAGGGUAUGUUGGUAUUGGUGAGUUAGAUAGGGCCAUUUCGGUAUAUGAUCAAAUUAGGGGGCGUGUAGUGCCAUCAUUGCAGUGUUGUUGUGUUCUACUUGAUCAAUUGGUGGGAAUGAGGAAGACCGAAUUGGCGUUUCAAGUUUGUAGUGAUAUGGCAGAAAUGGGUUUUGAUUUGAGAGAUGUGAAGAAGGCCACAUUUGAGGGUGUCAUUAGACUGCUUGGCAGGGAUGGAAAGAUUCAGGAGGCAAGAAAUUUUGUCAUGAAGGCUAUGGCUUUCAAACUCAAGCCUAGCAACUUAGUUUUAAAUGAAGUUGCUUAUGGAUAUUGUGAGAAGAAGGACUUUGAUGAUUUGAUGAGCUUCUAUGCUGAGAUUAAGUGUGCCCCAGAAGUUAUGGCUGGGAAUAGGAUUAUGCAUUCUCUUUGUAGCCAUUUUGGGACAAGAAGAGCAGAACCUUAUUUGCAAGAAUUAGAAAUUUUAGGCUUCAAUCCUGAUGAGGUAACCUUUGGACUCAUGAUUGGCUGGAGCUGUCGUGAACGAAAACUUAAAAGUGCCUUUGUUUACCUAUCAGAGAUGUUGGGAAGACACCUAAACCCCCAUAUAUGUAAUCAGCGGGGUAUUUAUGGAGGGUAUGUGGAAGCAUGCUGGGAAGGUGUUUGAUGAGAUGGUAGAUAGGGGGACUACACCUGAUUUGUCGACUUUCAGGAUUCUCUUAGCAGGCUAUUGUAAAGUUAGAAAAUUUGUUGAAGCCAAAAGGAUAGUUUUGAUAUGGCAAGCCAUGGACUGAUUCAAAACUCUUCGGAUGAGGAUCCGCUAUCCAAAGCAUUUAUGGUUCUGGGUUUCAAGCCAUUAGCUGUGACAUUGAAGAGAGAUAAUGAUGUUGAGUUUGCUAAAACAGAGUUUUAUGAUGAUCUUGGGAAUGGACUUUAUUUGGAUACAGACCUGGAUAAGUAUGAGAAAAGAAUCACUGGGAUCCUAGAAGAUUGCAUGGUACCUGAUUUUUACUCUCUUAUGAUGAAAGAAUGCACUCUUGGAAAUUUGAAGGGUGCAUUGGUUUUGGUAGAUGAAAUGAUCCGGUGGGGACAAGAUUUGUCAUUGUCUAUGAUGUCCGACUUACUGAAAGGGCUUUCUGCAUCCCAUUUACAUACCAAGGGAAUCACCAGCAUUGUAGAUAAAAAGCUUCACUUGGUAAAUCAGCUAGACCAAGAAACUCUAAACUUUCUUGCCCAAGCAUACGGCAAGAAAGGAUUGACAUAUAAUACAAGGAUAGUGGUGAAUGGAAUGAUAGAAAGGCAUCUGAAAAUCAACAAUGAGACUUACACUGCUUUAGUAAAAGGUUUUUGUAAGAAAGGAAACUUUGAGGGAGCUGAAUGCUUGUUGGAAUAUUGCUCAAAAUGACGGAUGGUUACCAGGGCUGGAAGAUUGUAAACCCUUGAUUGAAUGUCUUUUCCAUAAAGAAAUGCUAAGAGAAGCAGUGCAGCUUCUUGAAAGCAUUCUGAUAUCCUACCCAGACUUAAGGUCAGAAAUGUGUCAUAUGAUCCUUGACAAGCUUUUGUUACCGGUUGUACAGGAAUUGCAAGCAUAUUGUUAGAAGAACUUGAACAGCGUGGUGGCAUCCUGGAUCAGAUGGCUUAUAACAAUAUUAUUAGAGGAUUGUGUAGGGGCAAGAAUUUUCAUGUGGCCUUUACAGUGCUGGCUAAAAAUUUGGCCCCUUGUUUGGAUGUUACUGUCCAAUUAAUUCCUCAGUUGUGUAGGGCUGAUAGAUUUGGAAAAGCAGUUAACUUGAAAGAGAUUGGUCUAAGAGAGAACUCUUCCUAUUCACUUUCUCUAGAUCGUGCAUUGAUAAAAGGCGGCAGUAUUUCAGGGAAAGUUACAGAAGCAACCACUCUACUACAGAAUAUGUUGUUAAAGCGGAUACCUCCUGAUGCUGAAAUUUACCAAAUUUCUGGUUCAGGGUCAUUGCAAGGUUAAUGACUUGAAGAAAGUUUGGGAGCUACUUUGUGUCGUGACAAGAAAAGGUUUCGACAUAUUACUCUCAACUUACCGCAACUUGGUGUGUUUGAUGCGUCUGGAAGGUAGGGUUCUUCAUGCAUGGAAAUUGACUGAGCUUAUGAUUGGACAAAGUGAUCCUCAUGAUCUCAGCAUCUACAAUAUUCUGAUAUUCUAUAUUUUCCCAACCGGGAAUACUUUGCUUGUCAAGAAAGUUGUGGAGCAUUUGCAAGAGAAGAAAUUGCUACUUGAUGAAGUAACUCACAACUUUCUUGUACUUGGGUUUUGUAGAGUAAUAAUCAGAUUUGAUCCCACGGUACACUCCCUCAAGGUGAAGCUUUCAAGGAGCAGACAAGAAGAGAAUAGAUGUGCCAAAAAAAAACUGAAUCAACCACAACAUUACUUAGACAAAGAGUUGUAAGGUGACAGAAUAGGUUAAAAUCAGUAGGAGGUUUUAGAAGACAUCUAUGCAGUGACAAUUGCUUUAGGGUUGAUGAGUUCAACUCUGAAAGGAUCCAGUGGGGAAAAACAUGAAGAUUAUCAUCAGACUCAAAAAUGCCUCUAAAUAGCUGAAGAUUGAGCACUUCAACUCCCUUUGUAAUUGCAAAACGAACCCAUUUGUCAAUAUCUUCAGUACAUUCUCCAUCCAAAAAGAAUGCCACUUUGAAAGAAUCGACCUUCUUGCCAGAGUAGAGCUCCAAAAAUUCAUUCACACGUUUUAUAUAGCAUUGUCUGCUGAAUCGACGAACCAAAAUCGGAAAGCUAUUUUUUCCUUCAUUUUCUACAACAAGUUGAUUGUAUUUGCCCCUGAAAAUGUUUGGAAUGUCAAAUACAAGAUAGGGGCAUGUCAAUGUCAGAUGCUUCCAUAGGUGCCUCCAUUGGCGGGACACCAUGCUAGUCUCAACUGCAUCUUUUAGUUUUAGCAAUGAAAGUAUGAAGGACAGAACGAGAUACGGUAGGUCAGUUAUCCGAUCCUCGCCCUCAGCCUUAAA